AUUGGUCAAGAUGUCCAUGAUCCCGAAGCACUUUGGACUGAAACCCAGAGAAGAAUCGUACAUAUUUAAAGAGCUUGAGAAGCUUCGCCAGGAUACUAAGAAGGAUUUUCUCAGACUCGGGCACAAGUUAGCCUCCAGGCCACUCUUAGAGGAAGCACCCAUUCGCCGCCUUCAGGGCCUGGACUCAGUCCACCCUGCAGGCCAGAAGUCUGUUUCCCCUGCUAGAGUCGGGGUGCUACCAGCGCCCCCUUUGGCCAGAGGACCCCAAGCCCGUGAGCAGGAGAGGCUGCCAAGUGCCGCGCGCCCCCGGGACCUGGGCGAGGCGGCCGCGCGGCCGAAGACCCGGACAUUCCGCCCCCAGGAGUUCUACUUGCGGAGCUCCGCGUUCCGCCGCUACCCCUUUCAGAAGAAGCCGCCGCUCAUCGCCUCCGGGGUGGGCACCUCGAAACCUGUGGUCCUGCUGCCGCCGCCCGCGCCGCUCCUCAGGCCGAGGGCGCGCCCGGUGCCCGUGACCCCGCGGCCCGCAGCGUCCAAGCAGGCCACAGACUCGGCCCGGGCGCUCGAAGUCCUCCAGGAGCUGGCUCCAUCCGUUGACCCGCGCAGGGCCAACGCCAGGAAGACCAGCUCCCUUUCCAGCGAGGACAGCGACGUGGCCCCGACCAGGUGGAGGCACGUGAGGAUCACCACCCACUUCCUGAGCCAGCUUUCCCGCGGCGAGGCUGGGGAAGCGGCCGGGCCCGGGCUCAGGGCCCAGCGCGCCAGCCGCCAGGCCAGCGACGGGUUGGAGGCCUCCUGGCUGACCCUGCCGCCCCGGCGACCGACCCCCACGUCCUUCAAGGAGAUCUUCACCUCGCUGUACUCGGAGACCCAGCUGGCCUCUGACCAGACCAUCAAAGAGCUCAUCCAGAGCAUCCUGGGCCCGAGCUACGACUUCAGAAUGGAAGAUAUGACUUUAACAGGAAAAAUGCAUCUCAAAGCAUCUCAGACACAAGCAGAAACACUUCAUCCGCAAGCAGAGCAAGGAUUAGAGAGAGUUGUUGAGGUACCUAAAAUGAGUGUGCUCGAGGAGCUUCCCGAAGCAGCAUCCAGUGUUCUCCAGAUGGAGCAGGACGAUGGGUCGGAAUGGGGAGACUCAGAGAUAGAAAGCAUGACAUUUAAAUCUCCGGAAAUUUCAGAAGUUCAGGUAGUGGAGAAGGCAAGUAAACCCCUGGAAGAUGUACAGCUCACCAGAGAGUCAAAAGCAGGCAAACAGCUGCUCUUAAAGGAGAAACCAUCAAAAUUAUUGCACAUCACAGGAAAAGGUGUUAAGCGAGUACGAAAAAGUAAUUUAGGAAUUCCACCACUGAGAUCAGGAAAGUCUUCAAAAUUCCUUCGGGCUCAAAAACUACCUAAAAAAAUCCCGCCACAUUACCCCACACACCACUUCCAUGAUCUGUGCAGUACCAUCCCAGCCCAGGAGCUGCCUGUUGACCUGAGUCUGGCUUCUCGGCUGUAUCACACCACCAACAAGAAAGGCCAUGAUGUGCUACGCGAAGUGUUUGGAUUUCCCUUCUUAGAUGAUCGCUUUACAGAGGAAGAACAAAGAGCCAGAAUACUAUAUGGAAUUCCUGUGGUCAGCGAAAACCAAGAAUAUGUCAGUGUCCCUCCGUCAUCACCAGGGAUACUGUUUGAAUCACCACAAGCAGAUAGACAGCGUGCUGAAACACCUUACAUGCAAGUCUUGGGAGAAGAAAUGCCGGCUUACCCAGGACUUUCCAAGUUGUUGUGGAGUCCAGCUGCACCUAAAUUUUCUGUUCCAGAAUCUGUCAUGAAGAAAACCCUAUAUCCAAAAUAUGAGAGUGUUCAAACAAGUCUUAUUUUAUCUGAGAGAUUUUCAUGGGAAAAUGAAGAAAAUAUUAUUAUAGAGCGUAGCAAAAGCAUUUGUAGGUUUUUGACACUAAGAAAAUCUGCCUCAUUUGGAGGUAUUCCAACGUCAUUGAGGGAAGAAUCUGUACAAUUAAAGAGAGUAAAAUCUGCCUUUGAACUGAGGAAGGAGGAGACAACAGUUCCAUUAGAAGUCAAAGAUGACAUGCAAAGCAAUAUGAAAGAGGUGAUGUUCCAGAAAGCCAAAGAAUGGGAGUUUCUGCUCGCUCAGCAAGAGAAAGCCAAGGCAUCCCAGCCAGAGAAAGAAAACAUUGAUGUCAUCUUGGACAGCAUUCAGGAGAAGGAGACGCUGAGAGAUCUGUCUUUCUCGCUCAUUGAAGCUUCCAGAAAAGCUGGCAUCACUUACAUUGUCUAUCCCAAGAAAACGAAGAUGAAGUUGAAGAGAAGACUGAGACCUGAGAAACUCACACACAUAUAUGAGGAGCUAUCCAAGCCUCCGAAAAUGAUACACAGGUCAACAUCACAUGGAAUACUUCCUGGACAGAAGAAAUAUUUUAUCAGGUUGCCGUUCUAUGAACGUCCAAUACGUAGUCCCAGCUUGCCUCCCUAUUUAAAUUUUGACAAGUUUGCUGAAAGUAAAGGAGGAAUUCCAGAAAACAGUAAUCCUCGGACAUGGAUGCUGGAUACACUGAUUAAGUAUAAACUGAAGAAACAAUCCACAGAAGUUGCGAAAGUAUCUGUGCUUGAAGACCUACCCAAACCAGUGACAGAGUUAAAAAUCCUGGAAUUAAGUGAUUAUUUGAAGUGUGAUCUUCCACCAGAAGUUAUUGAACACUACGAAUCUGAAGUGAAAAUCUUGACUGAAGAAAUAGACAGAAAGAAUACAUUUCCUGUAUUUGAGUAUUGUAGGCGUGGAGCUAUUUACAGAAAACUGGGAAAGUUAAAGAGUGCUAUGAAUGAUCUACAGAAAGUUAUAAAUGCAGAACCAUUGUUUCUCAAUGCCUACUGGCACCGGCAUUUCAUUUAUCUUUUCCAAGACAAAAUCAUUGAAGCAUUGGAUGAUUUGAAUUUUAUAUCCAAACAUAAUAAAAAUAAUGCAGAGGUGUAUCUGUCAAAGGCAGAAAUUUUCAGAAGACAAAAUGAUUCGAUUUUCGCAAUUCUAAACUAUAGUCAGGCGAUUAAGUGCAGGCCGACAGAUGCUGACUUAUAUUUCAGGAGGGGUGAGAUGCAUGAAAAACAAAACAGAGCUCUGGCCAUUGAUGACUUUUCUAAAUGUAUUUUUUAUGAUCCCAAAAGAGCAGAUGCAUUAUUUAAGCGUGGGAUGUUUUAUUAUGAAAAUGAAAACUGGAUUCUAGCCAUACAGGAUUUUACAGCCUUGUUAAAUAUAGAUCACCAAAAUUCCCAAGUAAGGACAUAUCGAGGGAGAGCAUAUUUUAAACAACGCUUUUACAAGCAAGCAACACAAGACCUUUCUGCUGCGGUUCACUUAGAUCCUAAUAACUGGUUAGCGUUGUAUUACCGAGCUUGCUUAUUUAGAAGGACUAACCCUUUUCGAGCACUGCAGGAUUACAGUGUUUCAGCUCUUAUAAAUGAUGGCUAUGAGAAUCUUAGCUGUUUUCUACACCGGGGCAUAAUCUAUGCAAAUCUAAAACUUUGGAUGCUGGCCAUUUGUGACUUUGAAACUGCGAUUUCUCUGGAGCGAGCUAUUGUUUUGCCUUACAUAAAUAUUGGCCUCAUACAUUUGUUACACCUAGAUAACUAUACCGAAGCCAUUGGGCAGUUUUCUGAGGCCAUUCGAAUUGAUCCUUUGUAUAUUCAAAGCUACAUUUGCCGAGCAGAAGCCUUUCAUAAGGUAAAUAAAUUGAAAACGGCAGUAAAUGACUUAUCCCGUGCUAUACACCUUCAGCCAGAUGGAAUCCAAUUAUAUAUAAUAAGAGGACAAUAUCUUCUUAUGAUGAAAAACUAUGAACUUGCAAAGUUCACUAUUUAUCAAGUAGCAGAAAUGAACAGAGGUCUCAUUGACUUGACUCCUAUUCAACAAGCACUCAUCUAUUCGUUUUGUGAAAACCAUCAGAAGGCCAUUCAGGUCUUAGAAGGACUCACGUGGAGUAGACCUGACAUAGUGCUGUUUGCUGUAAUAGCAAAAGCGCAUAUGAAGGCAAGAAGGACCAAGGAAGCCGUGAGAAGGUUUAAGGAGGCAGUGGAUGCUUUUGCUCUCUCUGACCGAGGACCUAAUGCCAUGGGUGUUUUAGCAGACUGUCUGUAUAACCUGGGUCUGUGUUACACAGAGGAAGGCAACUUCCAAACGGCAUUUGAAUAUUUUACAAAGGCUGUGAAAGUAAAUCCUGAUUUUGCAGAAAGCUUUUACCAACGAGGGCUUUGUAAAGCAAAACUCCGCAAGGAUAACUCAAUUCUGGAUUUUAAUCGUGCAAUUACUCUCAACCCCAAACAUUACCAGGCAUAUUUAAGCCGAGUAGCCUACUAUGGUUUAAAAGGUAGAUAUUCCAAAGCAAUCUUGAAUUGUAAUGAGGCCAUCAAAAUUUGUCCCAAAAAUGUACGUGCAUAUCUCUACAGAGGAGUUUUGAAAUACUACAAUAAGACUUAUAAGCUAGCAAUUAGAGAUUUAACUAUAGUUAUCAACAUGGACAAAAGAAAUUAUAUAUCAUUUUACAACAGAGCGAUAUGUUACACCAAGAUAGGAGAACUUCAAAUGGCAUUGACAGAUUAUGGUGUCGUCCUGCUCCUCGAUCCUGGAGAAACUAUAACAUUAAAUACCUUCAUUAAUCGUGGAUGUAUUUAUGUGGAGCUAGGGCAGCACUGCUUUGCAGUAGAGGAUUUUAAACAGGCUGCACUGAUGAGCCAGACUGAUGUGAGUCUUCAUCAAGCCGCUGCUGUGUGCCACCACAGAAUCGAAGAGUUUGAAGAAGCUGUCAAUUUCUUUACUGAGGCUCUCAAAAUUAACCCACAUUCCCUCGAUGCUUACAUUGGACGGGGCAAUUCUUACAUGGAAUAUGAUGAGGAAGAACGCACCAAGCAAGCUCAGAAGGACUUUGUGACAGUGUUACAUUUCAACCCAGCAUACACAAAAGCCAGAAUUAGCUUAGCCUAUAAUUUGCAGGCCCAAGGAAAAUUCCAGAAAGCUUGGAACCACUUUACCAUUGCUCUAGAAGCCGAUCCAAAGAGCUACCUAGCGUAUGAAGGAAGAGCUGUGGUCUGUCUUCAAAUGGGUAAUAAUUUCGCUGCAAUGCAGGAUAUCAAUGUAGCUAUCAAGAUCAAUACCACAGCAGAAUACUUAACAAACCGUGGUGUGAUUCACGAGUCGAUGGGUCAACAACAGAAUGCAAUGAGGGACUAUCAAACAGCAAUUUCUCUGAACCCCGAGUACUCGCUGGCUUAUUUUAAUGCAGGAAAUAUCUACUUCCACCACAGGCAGUUUUCCCAGGCCAGAGACUACUUCUCAAAGGCUUUAAAAUUUGAUCCGGAAAACGAAUAUGCCCGCAUGAAUCGAGCUGUUGCUCAUACAUUAUUGAAGAACUAUGAAGGAGCAAAAGAAGAUUUUGCACAUGUAAUUGACAGCUGUCCUUCAUGGGCUGCAGUAUAUUUCAAUAGAGCGCAUUUAUACUGCUGUUUAAAGCAAUAUGAACUUGCAGAGGUGGAUCUUAAUAAAGCCCUGUCUUUGAAGCCUAGGGAUGCUCUCAUAUAUAAUCUUAGAGCAGAAGUUCGUGGUAAAAUUGGUCUGAUUGAGGAAGCCGUGGCUGACUAUAACCUUGCACUUGAUCUGGAAGAAGGUGCCUCAGUCAAAUGAUUGCAUAGACCAUGAUUCCUGUAGUAACGCACACAACUGCUAUUCUUGAAAAUGGGAUGUAUUUUUUGUUUAAAAAUUUGCAACAUCUUCAUUAUUGUACUCA